CAAAAUGUUUGGAAUGUACCUAGGAACGUAAACAUUCAUUUCUACAAAAUAUACUGUUGAAUUAUUAUCUUCAUUCAGUUUUAAAUUGAUAUAGUCGAAGAAAGUUUUAAAUUAUAGAUUUUUAAACAUUUAUACUACUAUAUAAUAGUGAGAAUAUUGAUGAUAUAAAAAAGAAGUUUCAGUUGGAUAAUUUAUUGGACAGUGGAACAAAAAAUGGAUGAAACAAACAUAUUUGAAGAAAAUCAAGAUAAAAAUAGUUUUCUUGAAAAUAAUGAAAGUAAAUUCGAAUGCUAUGAUGGAUCGACAAAUGAAAAAGAAAAUGGAGAUGAAAUUGAUACAAUGAAAGAAAUUAGUAUUGAAGGAAAUUGUUUUGAGGUUACCAAAAUAAAUGUAAAUAUUGAUAACGUAGAAUCUGCAAUUGAAACACUAAUAGAUAAAAUAUCAGAUAGUUUCAAAUAUAAAGACGAUAGCGAGGACGAAAAAGAACCAAACAAAAAACAUUUUGAAAAGGAAAUAUUCGAUGGUUUACAAAAUGAAAACGAAACUGUUACUGAAGAAAUAAAUGAAGAAAACAAUAUUGAUUGUAAUAAAAAUUACGAUUGUGUUACGAGAGAAGCAUUUCAACAACAGCAGCAACUGCAGCAGCAACAGCAGUUGCAGCAACAUAGUUGCGAUUGCAAACAGAUGAGUAAAAUAAUAAUGAAUUUAGAAAAAAAGUUAGUAAAUGCCAACCAAGACGUUAAAGACCAAAUGAAUAUUGCUGAUGGGUGGAGAAAGAAAAUGCAAGAAUUAAAAGUAGAAAUAAAUCAACUACAAUUAGUAGUAAACGAACAGAACAGAAAAGUAGAUUUGUUUGAGAAAAAACAAAUAACCACCAUUUCGGAAGUGAAAAUGUUAAGGGAGGAGUUAGAUAAGGAGAGACACAUUAAAGAGAAACUAAGUAGAGAGAGAGAAGUAUAUUUGGAAGAAAAAUAUAUUAAUGAGGAAGCAUUUUUAAAAAUGAAACAAGAUUUAGAAAGAACCGAAAAAACGUUAGUGGCAACACAAUAUGACUUAGACAAUACAAUAUGUCACCAAAGUAGUGAAUUAGAAUAUGAAAGAAGAUUACAAUGCCAAUCAGAACAAAUAAAUAAACUUAUAGAACAAGUACAAUGGCUGGAAACAAAUAAAGUCAGAUUAGAAAUAGGAUUGGAACACAUGGAAAGGGAACAAGAAGUGUUGCGUGAUACUCAAAACAAAAUCAAAGUUCUAGAACAGCAACUGGAAAAGGAACACAAAAAUAAGACGCUAUUGCAAAAAGAGAAGCUUGAAAUGGAGAAACGAUUGCUUGCUGCUGAUGAACUAGAACGACUCGAACGAGCAAAACUGCAAGGAGUAAAAAGAGACGUGAAAAGGAUGAAAGCUUUGCUUAAAGAUGUGCAGGCACAAUUGGAGAGACAUAGAGCAGAUUCCUCAAGAAAAGUGAUUAUCAAGCAACUGAAAAACCAAAUAGAAGAUUUAGAAUGCGCUAGAAUAAUAGCGGUAAAAGCUAAACAUAGUCUGGAAACGGACCUAUUGGAAAUUCAAUUUCAAUUGGAAGAAACUCUUAGGGAUAAACGAAUCGAAGAAGAACGCGUUGCUGCUUUAUUACGAGAAAAACAAUAUUUCCAAAGUCUAUUGGAAGAAAAAGAAAACAAAUUUGAAGAAACUAUUGGAAAUGAGCUACAAAAUGAAGAGCUCUUUAAUUCAGAAUUAGAAGAACUUUAUCAACAAUCGCCUGAGCUUAAUGUUAAUUUUGAAUUCAUCAAAGAUAUCGAAGAAUUUAAGAUAUCAUCACCAAGGUAUGAGAUAAAAGUAAAUGAGCUGAUAUCAAAAUUAAAAUUAGAAUGGAUCACAAGGACCAGGUUGGAAUUGCAAAUAAAAAAAUUAAAAGAAAUACAUGAUAAAGUUAUAGAUGAAUUACAAACUGCUCAAUUAAAGGAACAAGAAGACCAAAAUCAAAUUUGCAAGUUGCAAACACAAUUAAGUGAGGUCAAGGAAGAACUAAACAAAAAUGCUAUUACGUUUAUCAAGAAGAAUGACUUAGAAAAACGGUAUGAACUGCUGGAAGUCGAAUCUGCCAACUUAAAAAAUGAUUUAAGACUCGCAUUGAAGAGAAUAGAAUAUUUACAGUCGGCUCUUCAGGGAAGUUUUGAAAACAUUACUUUAGAGAGUUCAGAUAGUGAACAAGAUAAUACCACAGACGCUCCCAAAAAGAAGGGUUCACCAAUAUUCAGAUACAACUUUAUAAAGACUGAAAAAUCAAACGAGGAUAUUUAAGAAUUUAAAGCACGAUUUCGCG